CGAUAGCGCUUCAGAACGGAAACGAAAGCUCAACGAAGAAGGAGAUCGUGAGAGAGAGCUUGAAAUGGAGGCCGAAGGGACUUGAUUCCAAGGAUGAGAGAUGAGUAGAUAUGGAGAGGCGAGACGAAGAUGCGACGAGAGAUUGCUCGUGUGGUUAUGCUCGAUGUGUACCACAUGUUGUUCGUGAUUUAUUUUCACGACGAUGCUUGUUGACUUUGCUUGAUGCUGGCUUACGCGAAGUAUUCCAGACUUAUAUGCUUACGCUUGCUAGCUCAUUGCGGAUUUGCUAUCCGUAUGGUACCGCUCGUUGCCCCUUUUACUCUUUCGCGUACCAUAUCUUGCCAUGAGAAGUGGGGUAGGCAUGCAGCAUCAUAUUUAACAUGAGAAGUAGGGUAGACAUUCAUCUGGCCAAGCCCUCGAAAGAGGCUCUGUUUUUGUUUAUUUACUAUUCCUUGCUUCUUUCUUUUUUACUUUCAGCCUGUCUCGGGUGGCUUUCCCCGUUGACAAUAGCUUCGGGUGGCUUUCCCCGUUAGCUAACAGUCUGUUUCGUGCCUGUCUCGGGUGGCUUUCCCCGUUGACUGUAGGUUCGGGUGGCUUUCCCCGUUAGCUAAUAGUCUGUGGCGUUUCGUCUCGGGUGGAUUUCCCCAUUGACGAUAGCUUUGGGUGGCUUUCCCCGUUAGCUAAGAGUCUGUAGUGUAUCUAUCUCGGGUGGUUUUCCCCGUUGAUAGUAGCUUCGGGUGUCUUUCCCCGUUAUCUAAAGUAUUUCCCCUGUCCCCCGGUCACUACUUCGGUAGUUUGCUUGCUUUACAAGAGAGAUCGUUUGUGUGUUGCAUUUGCAUUGAUUACUGCUUCGGUAGUUUGUUUGUUUCUCGAGCGGAGCUCGAUUGUAUGUCAUAUGGUUGUGAUGCUUGUUCACCGUGUUCUUAUCUACUAUGCAUGUUAGUAUGAUAUCUUUGUGAUGCUUGUUCACUAUCUUCUUAUGUGCGAUGCCUGUUCGUAUGAUAUCUUUGUGAUGCUUGUUCACACACUUGCACAUGUAUGCUUGUUACAUGUUGUUUGCGAUGCCUGUUCGCGUUAUCACUUGUGAUUCCUGUUCACACACUCACAUUCGUGUAUGCCUGUUACAUGUCUGUUUUCUGUUUGCGAUGCCUGUUCGCAUGUUCUUAUCUGUGAUGUCUGUUCACAUGCCAUGUUUGCUAGGAUCUUUGUGAUGCUCCUUGUUUGCAUGCUCCCUUAGGGUGCUCGGUUCCGUUUCUCUAGGAGACGCGAAUUAAGAUAGAAACAGAAACAUUUGAGCCGAACUACGGCGCUCUGAUUUCUCCAUUGCAUAUUGGAGGUACGUAGGCAUAGGGUACGAACACCCUAGCGAGCGAAAUUUUUCUUUUCUUAUUUUCGUUCGACUUUCUUGCUUAUUUGCUUAUUCCUUCCGUUGCAUGUUUCCUCUUAUUUGUAUAUCUUCCAUUGCAUGUUUCCCUUUACACAUAGCAUGAUACACACACACACACCCUUAGAUUAGAAAACUAGAAAGAAUGGAUCCUGUGGAGUACCACAGACGUUAGGGGUGCUAAUACCUUCCUCUCACGUAACAGACACCCUUACCAUUUCUCUGAGACCAUCGCUUGUUAUCUGGUUUUCUUCGAUAUUUUCCAUUCAUGUGCAUAGGAUAAAUAUAUGUUCGAUGGCGACUUUAUUGUAUUUGUUUCGAUGAGUUUUCCAGUUGCUUCAGCUGGCGACUCCACUGGGGAAACCUGAGAGUCGUUCCUAGUUCUUGCUUGAUUUCUUUUCUGUGGGUGUUUGUGUGUUUAUUACUCGCAUCAUUUGUAUAUACUGCUUGCAUGCAUUUGCAUCUAUGUGUUUACCGCUUUCCAUAUUCUGGAUAUACUAUUGUGCUUGCUGGUUGUUUUUCUUGGCGGGCGGGAUGUUACCGUGAGGUAAAAGGUCCAUUACCCAGACCAAGUAUACACUUAGAUUAGCGUGGAUAGUUAUGUUGGCUCUCGUGGCGCCUGGCACGUAGAGUUGGCAUAACAUACCACAACCAGGAGAGAACUUGGUGAGGUGGUCUCUGUCCGGCAUGCUUAUUGCCGUAGGCAGGCGCUCUCAUUGUUUGUUUGAAAUUCCUGGCAACCAUUAGGGACAUCCUGUGUGUGUUUAGGAUUCCUACCUGUGAGGUUUGGGAUGGGACAGGAAACCGUGGCUCCUACAUACCAUUUGCUUCUUCAGAGUUGAGGUCGGACCUUUAUUUGGUAUGUUCUCAUUAUGCCCGAUAUUUUGGUAUUCUGAAACGAGGGCGGAGAUUUGAUCCUAUUACUUUUGGUUCUAUUCAAAAGUGGUACAACAGAAGUGCUACUAUCAGCGGUUAAUUGGUUCUUGUUGUUCUGAAACUGUGCCGAAUCUUUGAACCUGUGCCGUGUGAUUUUGCGGCAGUGCAACUAUAUCCAGUAUCGUGGUUUCCAUCGUUUUGCAUCAUUGCACAUUUACUUUCGAAAAAAUGAUGCACAAAAAAUAACUAGCAUUUUAGCAUACAUGUUCUUUCCAUUUCCAAGGAAUCAUAUCUUUAAGCCUCGUGUCGAGCUGUUCCAUCUUUUACUUGCUAAAAAAUAAAAAACAUGAGGAUUCCUUGGAAUUGAAUGAACAUGCCAUUUCUCGCAUAUCAUGCAUCUCAUACAUCUCAUGCAUAACAGAUGUUCAGGAUCGAGGAUUUCUUAUUCAGACUCGGUAUUCUCUCAAGAUUCAGACUUGACUUGUUCUUAUUGUAUGUUCAAAGAUGGGUCAUGGAACAACUUUGUGGGGAUAUUACCGAGAAGAAAGCUCAAUUGGGGUUGUUUAUGAAGACAUGCAAGUUGUGACCCGUGCUCAAGGACUCUUAGUAAGAAAACCUCAGGGAUCAUGUCGUGGAUCUCUUUCACAACCUUACGGUUUCUGAAGUUCCACAUCAGCGGCUAAUUUCCUUUCUCUCAUGAAUUCAAGGGGUAUGUUCUCAAUAAAAGAGGCCUGGAAGGACAAAUAUAUCUGAUUCUCGUGUCUUAUGCUCAUUUGCUUCCAUGCUUGCUUUAUUUGCAACUGGUUAAGCGCCAUACUGUGUGGAUGUCUACAGAUUCUCUGCUUGAUGAAGAUGACACUGGGUGUGAGUUCUAUUAUGGGGCACUUGGUCGUGAUGUCAAGAUCUGCAAGUCUUUUAAGUUGCUUGGGACUCCCGAACGAGGGAUAAGAAAGACGUUGUCUAUCUUGAGCAUUGCACCAUUUGCAUUGCUCGAAUCCCUAAAGCACUUAUAAAUUCCAUGUGACUUCGCCAGAAUCUUCCGCCAGACAGUAAUCUAGAGUGUUCUGCAGAGGCACCUUGCAUUCUCAAGGUUCUGCUUCAUAUUCUGAGUUAACUCCUCCUCUCUUGGACUUUCCUUGUCAGUAUCCUUUGCUUGUCAACAGAGACGGAAAGAGUAAGAAGCAAGUUGAUGUAAUCCCCAUCCUGGUGUUCAGUUGAUUUCCUACUUGGUGGAAUUUCAAUCGGUUAAGGUUCUUGCUUUGGUUCUUCCUCACCACAGAUAGCUCUCCUGAUUCCGAUGACAAUAGUCGGUGUGUUCCAAUCUAGGGGCACCUGAUCACAAUGUCAAGCCUUACAAGGUGUUGAGGUGCAAAGAGCCUAGGACUUGCUCGAUACAGAGAUGUUUGAGUUUACUCAUAAUGGUUUCUACUGGUCAAUCCCAUUUCAUCUAUUGCAAGUGGAAUGUUUGGUCUUCCUCGAGGAGUAACUCAUGAGAAUCAUUUGCAACUGGUACUACCAGAGGCUUCCUUCCCAACAACUCUUGUGUGUUCCAAGUAACGACUUUGAUGACCAAGCGGCAGAGGUUAUUGUUGUUUGCCAAUAGUAAUACAAGGUUUUCUCCAUUCAUGAUGGUGAUUUCUGUUUCAGCAGCUAUAUUUAGGGCUCCCGACCGAGGGAUAAGCAGGACUCCGUGUUCUUGAGUUCGCAUCAUUGGCAGCUCAAAUCCGUAAAGCAUUCACAAACUCCAGUCGUUGUUAUUUGGGGCUGCCGACCGAGGGAUAAGAAAGACACCUUGUAUCUUAAGUUUGUGCACCACUGGCACAACUCAAAUCCCUAAAGCUGGACACUUGCAACUUUUGUAUGGCUUCGCCGAAAUCUUCUUCCAGGAAGUAAUCUAAAGUGUUCUACAAGAACAUAUGCUGAUGCUUGGUGUGGUUUCCACUAUGGGGCACUUGGUUAUCUGAUUGAAGACUGUAAGUCAUUCAAAGACAAGGUUCAAGACCUUGUUGACACCAAGGCUAUCACAUUCGUGUGAAUACAAGAUUAUACACACAAAGAUGUUUUUGAUUCAUGGCAAACCCAAUAAGCAUACAAGCAACAAAGUGGAAGCAAAAAACUCAAAGAAAAGCAAGCAUUGGUCACUCAUAACAGAGCAGGUCGACCUAAUAUGCAUACAGGUCGACUCAACACAAGCAAAAAUGAGAGGAACUCAGAAAAACAGCAGUCAGGUCAACCUACUCCCAACACAGGUCAACCUAAAAUGAAGAAAUUUACAUAUCAGUCUGCUAGGUCGACCUACAUAACAACUAGGUCGACCUAAUCUGAGAAAAUGUCCCCAAAACGCAUCUGAAGUGGAUUUUGGUCGACCUACUUCUUCAACAGGUCGACCUAACUGGGAGCAAAUUUCUUCAAGCUCUGCUAGGUCUACCUAAGCACUACAAGAGGUCGACCUAACUGAUCAAGAAUGCCAAAAAUUCUGUUUUUCUCAUCUCCAACUGAUAAGCUAUCAUAUAUAUUGUCCAAGGUUCAAUUAUCAAAAAACACCAACGACUGAAAGAUACACAAUAUCUUCUCAUCUUCGUUCUUCGUCAUCUCCAACACAAUUACACAUAAGCAUUCUUGCGUUGAGGGUUAGUGAUCGAGUUCGAUAACGUCCAUGGAACGGAAUUGAAGAUUCCUAGUGGGUGAAGAUUUGUGGGGUUUUUGGUGAAUAAAAUCUGCGGGUUUUGUCCUCCAAGAUAGGUAAUUCUUGGGGGUUUUUAUCAAGAGUGUUCAUAGAAGAAUCAUCUGAGUGUGAAGAUUGAAGAACAAGGGUUCGAGGGAAUUGAAGACACUGCAGAAAAAGGAUCACGUGACGCUCUUGGAUCACCUUGAUCUGACUCAAGAUUAAGGGGGAAGAAGACUCAAAGGAUCGACAAUUUCGGUUUAUUGUUUAUCGCUUUGUUAUCUUCUUUGUAUAAACUGCUUUCAACAUUAAUGAAAGAUUUCCCAAUUUCAGUUUGGAAUUGGGGGCAGACGUAGUCGUAGCGAGGACGAUCGACGAACUGCCUAAACAAAUAUCGUGUUCUUGUCGCUUUUAUCUUUUCAUUUACGUUCUGUUCAUAAUUGGUAUAAAAGCAAAUUGAUCAACGAUUCGAGUGUUAAGAUUGUGAGUUAAGAACAUACAUAAAUAUCACAAUCCAUCACAUAUUGAAUCACCAUCAAUUUGAUCAUUAUCACCAAGUGUUUGUAUAUUUGUUUCUAUCACUUUUACUGCAUUGCAAACAUUGUCCAUCAUACAAGAAGUUAAUUUGAUUUUCAAUAAGAGUGACGCUUUGAUUCUGCAACGUAUACUCUUAUCACUUACCUCAAGUUUUUGAUUGGUUUUAAACACAUAUACAAUCGUUUCAAUAGUGGUUCGGAAUAGACGCGAGUCGAUUCAGAAUCACUUCCGCUUAAAAUUCGUUUAACUCCGCAAAACUGUGAACGAUUUAUUCACCCCCCUCUAGAUCCUUAGGCCAGCGUAUAACAAGUGGCAUCAAGAGCUCUGGUUUAUUCCGUGCUACGUGAAACACUUAUUGGAAAGAUGGCCUCCGGACCUAAAGGGGCUCACAAUAGAGCUCCAGUUUUCAACGGUGAAAACUAUGGCUAUUGGAAGGAUUGUAUGUGUGUCCACAUCAAUGCGAUUGAUAGGAACAUCUGGACAGCUAUUGUCAAUGGUCCCUUUCAGAUCACCAUGACAAAUGCAGCUGGUGCAGUUGUUCCAAAACCAGAAAAUACUUGGGAUGCUGAAGAUGAAAAGAGAUACGGAUACGAUUGGAAAACGAGAAACAUUCUAAUCUCAGCUCUAGGAGUUGAUGAAUACUAUCGUGUUUCCCAUUGUAGAUCCGCUAAGGCUAUGUGGGACACAUUGCAAGUUGCCCACGAGGGAACUGAUGAUGUCAAACUAGCUAGAAUCAAUACGUUAACUCAAGAAUUUGAACUCUUCCACAUGGAAGAUGGUGAAUCCAUCAAAAACAUGCAGAAGAGAUUCGUUCACUUGAAAAAUCGUUUAAAUUCUCUUGAUAGACCUGUUUCCAAUGCAGUUGCUACUAACAAAAUCUUAAGAUGUUUGAACAGGGAAUGGCAACCCAAAGUUACAGCAAUAAAGGAAGCAAAUGAUCUAAACACUUUAGACAUUACUACUCUCUUUGGCAAAUUAGAGGAACAUGAACAACACCUUAAAUGCCUUGACAUGCAUGAAAAAAGGGCAAAGAAAGAGAAGAACAUGGAGAAAGAGGUAGAGAGAAAGUCAAUAGCUCUAAAGGCUUCAAGCUCCAAGACCUCAAGACAAGAGCUAGAGAAUAGUGAUACAAGUAAUGACGAAGACUCUGAUGAUGAGGAAAUGGGACUGUUUGUGCGAAGAUACAACAAAUACGUAAAGAAAAAUGGAGCAAAACAUUCUGACAAAGGUUUGAUCAACUAUAGAAAGCAUUCAAACAAGUUCAAACAAGAUGACUAUAAAAAUGGAAAAAUCAAAGGCCCUUGCUUUAAUUGUGGAAAAAUCGGUCACUACAAACCAGAUUGUCCAUACCUUGAGAAGGAUAAAGAGAAGAACCAAAGCAAAGGUCACAACAAAUCUAAAAGAGCCUACAUAGCAUGGGAAAGCGAUUCAUCUAGUGAAAGCUCAUCAAGCGAUGAAGAAGAAUCAGCAAACUUAUGCCUUUCGGCUCAUCAACACAAGAAAAAGAAACGUGUAAGUCAUCUUAAACCUGAACUUGUAGAUAAGGUAUCUCAUGCUCAAUUAAAACUUGCUUUUGAAGAAUUACAUAGAGAUGCGAUUGAAGCUUUCAAACUUUUGGCCUCAAAUAAGAAAAUCUUUUCAUAUCUUGAAUCUAAAAUUGAGAAAACCGAAAAGGUUAUGGAAGCUUUAAAACAAUCUAUGCUAGAUAUUCAAAAGGAUAAAGUUAAGAUAGAUCCCACCUCAUGGUUUGGUUGUGAGACAUGUCAUAUUUGGCAAAAAGAAGUAAGAGAUUUAAAAACCAAAUUAGACAAGGCUCUACAACCAAAAGUGACUUUUGCGGUUGAUCCAAAUAAGUUCAAAAGAUCGUAUACUCCUUUAUAUAGUAAAUACUCUUUUGUACCAAAAAUAUCAACUAGCAAAACAGCAUAUUCUCAUCAUAUUACCUGUCAUUAUUGUUGCAAAAAGGGUCAUACCAUUGAAAAAUGCAAUUUUAGGAAGGUUCUAGUUCCUAAAGGAGUGUUCCAAUUGUUGCCAAAAUGCAACAAUUUAUGUACUCACCAUCAAGGACCCAAUGAAGAUUGGGGACCUUCCACUCUAAAUUAAGUUUUGCAGGAAAAGUGUCUUGACAUCACCGAAAGGUGGUGGUCCCUUGAUAGCUGAUGCUCAAGACACAUAAAGGAAGACAUAUCACUCUUGGUAUGUCAUCUAUGAAGAUAGCAAUAGAAGAACUCUACUUGGCAAAGGAAAUGUAUGAAACCUGGCCACCACUAAUGUAUAAGAUACAUCACAAAUACAAGUUAACCCGAAAAACACAAAGAUCGUAUUACUUGAUAAGCAUUUGGCAAAGUGCUUUGCAAGGAAAUUUAAACCUAUUCUAAGCAGAAUAAUGUUUGGGACCCUGUCUCACAUCCGGGAGAACAUCAAGUAAUCGAUACUAGAUGAGUUUUUCGCAAAAUCAAGCAACCAAGACAUGAAACAUUCUAUCAAAACAAAUUCAUCAUCAAAUUUAGGAUUGUGGCACACUGACAAGAAGAUCCCACAUAAUGAUGACAAAACUCCUACACAUUGAGAAAGCGGUAACAUGUUUAUUGUUCACUUCCAAAAAUCUUAUUGAUUCUAUAAUAUGCUAUCAAUUAAAAUGCUUAUAGUGACUUCAUGUAUGUUUAUCCAUAUAUCUCAAUUACAUAUGUGCUUAUCAUCUCCACUCAUAACAUAUCAUAUUUUGGGCUUACAAGCAAGCAACUAAGCAUAAAUCCAUCAUAUAGCAACAUCCCUAAGUCAUUUCAAACAUUUGAAGCAACUUAGGUCGACCUACCUUGCAUCUGAGUCGACCUACAGAAGAAAAUUUUCAGCAGAAACUAAAAGUGUUCAGUUACGUCGACCUACCCACUCUUUAGGUCGACCUAAAUUGGUUCUUUUUCUCACUACUUCUGUUAGGUCGACCCAGUCUUCAUGUAGGUCGACCCACUGCUGAAAUAAUUCCCAAAUUGGUUCUGUUAGGUCGACCCGACCCAUCCCCAUACAUAACCAAUCUUUCUUCUUUCCAUUUCCAUUCAUUCUCAUAUCAUUGUGUACGGCCAACCCUAAUUCCUCAAGAUCAAAGGUUGUCAAAAAUCAUCCUUCUCACACAAAUCAUCAGCAAAAAUGCCUCCAAAAUCAAGAAAAGGAAAGGAAAUUGCGUCUGGAUCAUCCUCACAACCGGUAAGUGCUGUAGCCCUUGUUCAUCCUGAUUGCAGAGAUAAUUUUGAAAAAUGGCAAAUGAAGAGGAAGGUAGUCAAGCAAUAUAUCUUUAAUCAACAUGUUGCUAAGCAUAUGCAUAUUCCUGAAGUUGUUAGUCUUAUUAAGCAUCAGAACGUUCACCCCCUUUUGGAAUGUGCCACACCGUACUGUGAGAACACUGUUAGGGCCUUUUAUGCAGGGUUCACAAGAGAGGAAGGCUGUAAUUUUAGGUUUAAGAUGGGGUCAAGAUCCCAUAUUGUUGACAAACGAGCAUGGAUUAGUAUCUUUGGUCUUACACUCUUGGGAGACGAAGUCCGUAUAGAAGACGGUGACCUUCCGGCCAAUUAUGAUCAUGUCGCUUACAUGACAUCCAUUCUCAAAGAUCCUGCUGUCCUUGACAAGCCAAAUGAAUCCAUCACAGCCGGUCACCUAAAAAGAGAUCCUAGGCUCCUUAACUGGAUUAUCUCAAGAGUCAUUCGACCACGAGCAGGCGGAUUCUCAAGAAUUGAAAGAAAUGAGGUUGUGUUAAUGUACCUGAUUCAAAACAGGACGCGUGUGCACUGGCCACACUUUCUAACUGCCAAGUUUAAAGAGAUACAACAGAAGACUACUGCUCUAUGCUAUGGCUCGAUCAUUCAAACUAUCGUAAACCACUUUGGCAUGAAACUGGAUGGGUUGUCUUACGUUCACAUGAAACAGAAUCAGGACUUAUCCCAAACAACCUUAACUCUCAUGGGAUAUCAUUGGGAUCCAAAUAGGAAAACCUACUAUCUCAUUCAAAAGGGAGCCGGAAGAAUCAUCUACAACUAUGAUGAUCCUACGGAAUUUGGUCAUACUGUAGGGAAUGAAGAAGAAGGAAAUGAUCAAGAAAUAGCAAAUGAUGAGGAUCACACCAUGGAAGAUGUAGCUCAUGACACGGAUCCAAAUUGGCAAUAUGUCCCUCCUCAAGAGGAAGAAAUCCCUUGGGGAUACACGACUCCACCUCCACAAGAUCAGUCCAACAUCAUCUCCAUGCUUGAAAAUAUGCAACUUCAACAACAACAACAUUUUGAAUCACAAUAGCUCCAGUUCCAGACCAUGCAACAGCUUCAACAAGAGCGAUAUAAUGAACAACAACUUCAAUAUCAAUCACAACAGCUCCAGUUCCAAACCAUGCAACAGCUACAACAAGAUCGAUAUGAUGAACAACAACUUCAAUAUCAAUCGCUAUACGGCUUGGUUCAAGACCACAAGAGUGAUUUUGAAACAUUCGCAUCCAACUCAACCCUAAGACAAAAUCAGUUUGAAGAAACUGCUCUGAAUCGUCAUGCAAACAUAAGCCAAAGCUUCAACACUCUCAACCUAGCUGUGCUGGAUCUGUUGGAACAAGUUGAAAAAGAUCGCCCGCAUACGUUUCAGAGAGGAAGAGGAAGAAGGGGAGGGCGUUAGGAUGCAUUCUUCAUCAUAUUAUCAUAUCAUUGCAUCUUAUCUCACCAUCAUUAUGUUAUAUUUCUAUAUGUUGUCACACUCUUUUGUGGUUUGUUAAUCUCUUGGAUCAUUGUUAUGUUAAAGUGUACUGCUAAACAUGUUUGGAUCUUAUAGUUUAUCUAUGUUAUUUUAUUGUUAAUUUCACUGUUUUAUUAUUUUCAUGUUAUUUCAUCUAUGUUUCUCUCGUUACUCUUCUACUUUCGUUGUAUCUCUUUUUGAUGUUGUCAAAGGGGGAGAUAGAUGCUGAGUGUACGGGGGAGCCUUGAUGAGAGAUAGAUGCUGAGUGUACGGGGGAGCUUUGUUGAGAGAUAGAUGCUGAGUAUACGGGGACCCUUGUUGAGUCUUUGUCACUUACUACCAAAGCUUCGAUUACUGGUUUGCCAUCAUCAAAAAGGGGGAGUAUGUGAAUACAAGAUUAUACUCACAAAGAUGUUUUUGAUUCAUGGCAAACCCAAUAAGCAUACAAGCAACAAAGUGGAAGCAGAAAACUCAAAGAAAAGCAAGCAUUGGUCACUCAUAACAGAGCAGGUCGACCUAACAUGCAUACAGGUCGACUCAACACAAGCAAAAAUGAGAGGAACUCAGAAAAACAACAGUCAGGUCGACCUACUCCCAACACAGGUUGACCUAAAAUGAAGAAAUUUACAUAUCAGUCUGCUAGGUCGACCUACACAACAACUAGGUCGACCUAAUCUGAGAAAAUGUCCCCAAAACGCAUCUGAAGUGGAUUCUGGUCGACCUACUUCUUCAACAGGUCGACCUAACUGGGAGAAAAUUUCUUCAAGCUCUGCUAGGUCGACCUAAGCACUACAAGAGGUCGACCUAACUGAUCAAGAAUGCCAAAAAUUCUGUUUUUCUCAUCUCCAACUGAUAAGCUAUCAUAUAUAUUGUCCAAGGUUCAAUUAUCAAAAAACACCAACGACUGAAAGAUACACAAGAUCUUCUCAUCUUCGUUCUUCGUCAUCUCCAACACAAUUACACAUAAUCAUUCUUGCGUUGAGGGUUAGUGAUCGAGUUCGAUAACGUCCAUGGAACGGAAUUGAAGAUUCCUAGUGGGUGAAGAUUUGUGGGGUUUUUGGUGAAUAAAAUCUGCGGGUUUUGUCCUCCAAGAUAGGUAAUUCUUUGGGGUUUUUAUCAAGAGUGUUCAUAGAAGAAUCAUCUGAGUGUGAAGAUUGAAGAACAAGGGUUCGAGGGAAUUGAAGACACUGCAGAAAAGGGAUCACGUGACGCUCUUGGAUCACCUUGAUCUGACUCAAGAUUAAGGGGGAAGAAGACUCAAAGGAUCGACAAUUUCGGUUUAUUGUUUAUCGCUUUGUUAUCUUCUUUGUAUAAACUGCUUUCAACAUUAAUGAAAGAUUUCCCAAUUUCAGUUUGGAAUUGGGGGCAGACGUAGUCGUAGCGAGUGUUAAGAUUGUGAGUUAAGAACAUACAUAAAUAUCACAAUCCAUCACAUAUUGAAUCACCAUCAAUUUGAUCAUUAUCACCAAGUGUUUGUAUAUUUGUUUCUAUCACUUUUACUGCAUUGCAAACAUUGUCCAUCAUACAAGAAGUUAAUUUGAUUUUCAAUAAGAGUGACGCUUUGAUUCUCCAACGUAUACUCUUAUCACUUACCUCAAGUUUUUGAUUGGUUUUAAACACAUAUACAAUCGUUUCAAUAGUGGUUCGGAAUAGACGCGAGUUGAUUCAGAAUCACUUCCGCUUAAAAUUUGUUUAACUCCGCAAAUCUGUGAACGAUCUAUUCACCCCCCCUCUAGAUCCUUAGGCCAGCGUCUAACAAUUCGCACUUGAGGGCCAGAAUUGAAGUUCUCCUCCGACUCAGCGGAUCUUUUGAAGCAAUAAUUCCAUACGGAGAGAAUCUCCUCAACGUUGGAUUUCUUGAAUCAUCAUGCAUUUUCAUGUGUAAUCUUUCUUGCUUUGUCAAUAUUUGUUGCAUGCAAAACUUGUUUGUUUUUGAACUAUAAUCAUAAUGCAUUGGAUAGGUUUGUCUUGAAAAAAUCCAUUCGCUUUUGCUCUUAUAUGUUUUUCUAUGCUUUUCGUGAUACUCAACUCUUGUUAACAAAACAUGAUAACUCUGAAGGGAGAAUGAUGAACAUAAUACACUUAACCUCAAAUGGUAUGAUUUUGAGUAGAACCUUGUUGAUGAUGUACAUGCAUUGUUUCAAAUUCCCAAACACCGGAGAUAUAAGGGAGAUAGACCCUCGAUAACCCCUCUGAGCCUUCGAAGUAGGAGUUUCUUUUCUAUACGAAAAACCCUCACAUUUAACCCAGGGGCGGGUAGUGUUCAGUUAACCUGAUCAAGCAUUCAGAACUCAUUAGGAGUACGCAUCCAAGGACAUAACAAUGGUUGUCUUUCAAAAGGCUAAGGAAAGUCAAAUCCAUAACGGUUAUCCUUCACCUCAAGAGGUCGAGACAUCAAAAUUAUCCCUCACAUCAGGAGUUCGAGAUCGACAUCAAAACCGUCGUGUUUAUCCCUCACAUCAGGAGGUCAAAAUAUGACAAUACCACAAUGGUAAUUCCUCAUCAAUCAAAGACUCAGGCAGUCACAAUCACUACCAUUUCAACAAGUCAAAGAGACUCAUAAUCACACAAAUUGUUCAAAAAAAAGAGAAUGAAUAAAAAAAAGAAAAGCCCGCUAAGUCAACAAGUUGAAAGCAUGUGACUUAGGCAAAAGUUAGGGCAUCCCGCUGGACAUCCAACUCGAAAUUCAAAAAAUAUUGUACAGGCAAAAGUUAGGGAAACAAAAAAAAAAGAAAAAAGAAAAAAGAAAAAAAAGGAUUACAAAAUAAGAAUCCUCAACAAAGAACAACGUCGUGUGAUCAGACACCAAAAACAAAAGGUAAAGUGAUUGUCAUGUCCAGAAGACCUCGUCGAUUCCUCGAUCAUCUCAAGUUCCUCUUGAAAGAUGAAUGCUCGCACCGAGUUAACUGAUCUUAGGAAUGGAGAACAUCACGAAGGGGGUGGGCACCAAAUAAUUUCGAGCCUAAAAUAUCCUUACGAGUAGCACGAAUCUCAAGAGGUCCUUACGAGACGAAUUUCUUCAAAGUCCCUACAGGCUGGGGAAAAGCACUAUGCAUUGGCAUUCUAUCCUCAUCAGGAGGUGUUCGGUUUAAAGUUCAGAUGUGAGCUAAACAACAUGUUAAUCUGAGGGCCGUUGGGAGUCAAAGUCGUCAUCUUCAGUAUUGAUCUGAUACUGUAAGCCCAUUACUUGUUGGCAUCCUCACAAUCAAUGCGAAUCUGCAGAAUCCUUUGAAAGCCAAUGCUUGUUUGGUCCCUUUGAAUUCAAUACUUGCUUGACCCUCUAUCCCACUUCCUGGUGGUAUUCUCUCAGAAAAUCAAUGCUCAUUUGAUUCUCCGGCAGAUACUUGUUUGGUGUUCUAAUCACUGCUUUCCUGUCAACUCGUGAAUCCAUUGCUCCUAUGGAAAGUUUCAAAGCUCAGUUGUCUAACAAUUUGUUUGCUCUUGCAUUUGCCCAUUAUGGGUGAGCAUCACUAUCCUCUGCCAUGUGAGGAAAUCCCGUGGAAAUGUCAUGCUAUAUCCUGGGGCAUUUUCAUCUGUUUACCUGGCAGGUACAUCCAUUCGAGUACACCAUGUCAGCGCGUUGGUGGAUCUAUCUAAGUGAGAGAUUCUCAUUCCCCAGCUGAGUACAUCCAGAUGAGGUUUUCUUUGUUCCAAGAUUCUCAUAUCCUCAA